UCUCUAUUGUCUCUUUUUCUUUUUCUUUAUUGCGAUUCAGCUUCGGAAUUUCUACUGCAAGAACCCUAUCUGUGAAUUUGAUUCUACAGAGUCGAAACCAUGGCGAAUAAGCAACUCAAGAUGGAGGUCGGGAGCGAUGGAGUCGCUGUCAUCAGGAUUUCUAAUCCACCCGUUAAUGCGUUAGCUCCAGCAAUUCUCCUUGGUUUGAUGGAUAUAUAUUCAGAAGCGAUGAAAAGAGAUGAUGUUAAAGCUAUUGUUAUAAUAGGUGAAGGCGGGAGAUUUUCUGGUGGUUUUGACAUUAGUGUUUUCGAGGAAAUCCACAAAGAUGGGGAUAUUUCACGGUUGCCUGAUGUUACAGUGGAUCUUUCGAUCAAUACAAUUGAAGACGCAAAAAAGCCUUCUGUUGCUGCUAUUGAAGGGCUUGCACUUGGAGGUGGCUUAGAGUUGGCACUGGGAUGCCAUGCACGUAUUGCUGCUCCAAAAGUACUACUUGGCUUGCCAGAGUUAACGCUUGGAGUUAUUCCUGGUUUUGGAGGUACUCAACGUCUUCCAAGGCUUGUAGGGUUAUCAAAGGCUGUUGAAAUGAUGCUGAAGUCCAAAUCAAUAACAUCUGAAGAGGGGAACAAGCUAGGUCUUAUUGAUGCUGUCGUAUCUUCCGAAGAGUUGCUAACUGCAUCUCGACGCUGGGCUUUAGACAUUGCUGAAAAGCGCAGACCCUGGGUAUCUUCUCUUCGCAGGACUGAUAGACUUGGUUCGCUAUCUGAGGCACGUGAGGUGUUAAAAAGAGCUCGACAGGAGGCAAGGCAGACUGCUCCCCAUAUGCCCCAGCAUCAAGCAUGCCUUGAUGUUAUUGAGGAAGGCAUUGUUUUUGGAGGAUAUUCUGGUAUUUUGAAGGAGUCAAAAGUAUUCAAAGAGUUGGUGCUAUCAAGCACUUCACAAGGUCUUGUUCAUGCCUUCUUUUCCCAACGUGCAACAUCUAAGGUACCUAAUGUUACUAAUGUUGGGCUCAAACCAAGGGCUAUUAAGAAAGUUGCUGUUAUUGGUGGAGGUCUGAUGGGUUCUGGAAUAGCGACAGCUUUUAUCAUUAGCAAUACACCAGUCAUUCUCAAGGAAAUCAAUGCAGAGUACCUGCAGAAGGGGAUGAAAGUUAUAGAAGCAAAUCUCCAAGGGCUGGUAGCAAAAAGAAAAAUGACACGGGAUAAGGCAGAGAAAGCUCUUUCGAUUCUGAAGGGAGUACUGGAUUACUCAGAAUUUAAAAAUGUGGAUAUGGUUAUAGAGGCUGUUAUUGAAAGCAUUCCUCUGAAACAAUCGAUAUUUAGUGAAAUUGAGAAGAUCUGUCCUCCUCACUGUAUUUUAGCCACAAAUACUUCUACUAUUGAUCUCAACAUAAUUGGGGAAAAGACCAGUUCUCAAGAUCGUAUUAUUGGGGCACAUUUUUUCAGUCCUGCUCAUGUUAUGCCACUCUUGGAAAUUGUUCGGACGGAGAAGACUUCUGCACAAGCAAUCCUUGAUCUGAUGGCAGUUGGAAAGUUCAUAAAGAAAGUUCCUGUGGUGGUAGGAAACUGCAUCGGCUUUGCAGUUAACCGGACCUUCUUCCCAUAUUCUCAAGGAGCACAUCUCUUGGCAAACUUGGGCGUGGAUGUAUUUAGAAUUGACAGAGUAAUCAGCAAUUUUGGGAUGCCAAUGGGCCCUUUCCAGCUUCAAGAUGUGGCUGGAUAUGGAGUCGCCUUGGCAGCUGGGAAUGUACUUAUAACUGCCUUCUCAGAUCGUUCAUUCAAAUCUCCAUUAGUUGAACUUCUGCUGAAAAAUGGAAGAAAUGGUAAAAACAAUGGUAAAGGAUAUUACAUAUAUGAAAAGGGAAGCAAGCCAAAGCCUGACCCUUCUGUGCUCCCAAUUAUUGAAGAGUCUAGAAGACUUUCUAACAUUAUGCCUGUUGGAAAGCCUAUAUCCGUGAGUGACCAAGAAAUCCUGGAGAUGAUACUCUUUCCAGUGGUAAAUGAGGCUUGCCGUGUUAUGGAUGAAGGAGUAGUUAUUCGAGCAUCAGACCUUGAUGUUGCAUCUGUUCUCGGGAUGGGUUUUCCUGCUUACCGUGGUGGUAUUGUAUUUUGGGCCGAUUCAAUUGGCUCCAAAUAUAUAUUCACAAGUCUCAAGAAAUGGUCCGAAGUAUAUGGCAGCUUCUUCAAACCAUCAAAGUUUCUGGAAGAAAGAGCAAGAAAGGGCAUGACCCUGAGUGCACCGGCUGGGUCAUCUCAAGCUUCAAAGUCACGCAUGUAGAUAACCCUUUAUGACUUUACCUGUCUUGCCAUUUUUUUUUCUUCCCUGCAAGCAUUCCAACUAGUUGUAGGUAAUAAAUUGUGGUAGUCAUUCUGUUGUUACACUUUGAGAAGCUAAUGAGAAUCCAGUUGCU